UCUUCUUCGUACUUUGACAAGGCCAGUCCUAUUAUCAGAGUGCCUUUGCAAAGAAUCAAAGAAGCCAUGUGUGGGAUCAUUUUCAUGCUAGUUAUGUUCAAUUAUCUUGCAUUUUCUGGUGGCAAUAUUCUAGAUGAGUUCAGCUUUAAUGGCCAAUUAUUACAGCAAGAUGGUGGUGCAGACCUUAACUCUUCCAACGGUCUAAUAAAGCUAACAAAUGAUACCUCACGUAUCAAAGGACAUGUCUUCUACUACAAUCCUAUUCGAUUCAAGAACUCUAGCAAUAGCAGUCUUGUCUCCUCUUUCUCCACCACCUUUAUUUUUGCGAUUGUACCUGAAUAUCCAAAACUUGGCGGCCAUGGAUUUGCUUUUGCUAUUUCUCCUUCAAAAGAAAUUCCUGACGGCCUCCCUAGCCAAUAUCUUGGCCUUUUCAACUCAGCCAAUGUUGGCAAUGAUUCAAACCAUAUAGUUGCUGUGGAGUUCGACACAGUCCAAGAUUUUGAAUUUGGAGACAUAAAUGACAACCAUGUGGGGAUUGAUAUCAAUAGUUUGGAAUCUGUAACAGCUGCUCCUGCAGGUUACUACGCUGAUAAUAAAUUCAUAGAGAUUGAUCUUGCAAGUGCAAAACCACUGCAGGUUUGGGUAGAAUAUGAUGGUGUGGAUAAAAUACUUAACGUUACUAUCCAUCCAAUACAUAUCAAGAAGCCGAAGCUCCCUCUUUUGUCUUUAAACAAAGAUCUCUCUCUAUAUCUCUACGAUCAUAUGUAUGUUGGCUUUUCAUCCUCCAGUGGGUUACUGUCAUCUUCUCAUUAUAUUUUGGGUUGGAGUUUUAAGAUGAAUGGCCAAGCCCAAGAUUUUGACAUAUCUCACCUUCCUAAAGUCCCAGGUGUUGGAAUUGAGGAGGGAAGGUAUAGAAAAAUACAAAAGAUGUUGGCAGUAAUAUUAUCUUUAAUAGGAGGUACUUUUCUGUUAAUUUUAAUUUUCGGAGUUGUUCUGAUCUAUAGAAAGAAAAAAUUGAUUCAAGUUCUUGAGGAUUGGGAGGUGCUUUAUGGACCUCACAGGUUUACUUAUAAAGACUUGUUCACAGCUGCAAAGGGCUUUAAAGAGAAGCAACUUCUUGGGAAAGGAGGUUUUGGUAGGGUAUAUAAAGGAGUUUUACCCUCGUCAAAUGCACAAAUUGCAGUGAAACGAAUUUCUCACGAGUCUAAACAAGGAAUGAGAGAAUUCGUAGCUGAAAUAGCAACCAUUGGCCGCCUCAGGCAUCCAAACUUAGUUCGUCUACUGGGUUAUUGCAGGCGCAAGAGCCAACUCUAUUUAGUUUACGACUAUAUGCCUAAUGGAAGUCUUGACAAGUUCCUUUAUGGUCAACCUAAUUUCAUACUGGACUGGAGCCAAAGAUUCAACAUCAUAAAAAAUGUUGCAUCUGCACUAUUCUAUUUACAUCAACAAUGGGUACAGGUAAUCAUUCAUAGAGACAUAAAGCCUGCUAAUGUUCUCUUAGAUAAUGAAAUGAACGCAAGACUGGGAGAUUUCGGGCUUGCUAAGUUAUGUGAUCAUGGUUUUGAUCCUCAAACCACUCGUAUAGCAGGCACUCUUGGAUAUAUAGCUCCAGAGCUUGCGCGAAGUGGGAAAGCAAGCACAGCUACCGAUAUAUUUGCUUUUGGUGUAUUUAUGCUAGAGAUUGUUUGUGGUAGAAGGCCAGUAAACCCACGAGCCUCGUCGCCUGAGGAAAUAAUUUUGAUGGAUUGGGUGAUGGAUUGUUGGGACAAGGGAGAUAUUUUAGAGACAGUUGAUUAUAGAAUAGAGAAGGGAUAUGUUAUAGAUGAAGUUGAAUUGGUUUUGAAAUUGGGAUUAUUGUGUUCACAUGCUGUAGCUGCAGUUAGGCCAAGCAUGGCUAGUGUGAUGCAAUUCUUAGAUGGAGUAGCUCCAUUGCCGGAUAACUUGAGUUCUAUUAUAAAAUCCAGGGAGUUCAACGAUGUCUCUACUAACGAAGCAGGGGAACCAGUUGAUGUUUCGAUUGAAGAGAUCUCCAUUCCUUCAAUAACAUUAACAGAAUCAUUUGCCUCUCAUGGUCGCUGAAGUUGUUAAAGAUAAGAAUUUCAUUCCAUGAAAAAAAAUCGAAACUUUAAGAAUUGAAAUGAAGAUUACUUUU